AUGCGGCAGCUGUGCCGGGGCCGCGUGCUGGGCAUCUCGGUGGCCAUCGCGCACGGGGUCUUCUCGGGCUCCCUCAACAUCCUGCUCAAGUUCCUCAUCAGCCGCUACCAGUUCACCUUCCUGACCCUGGUGCAGUGCCUGACCAGCUCCACCGCGGCGCUGAGCCUGGAGCUGCUGCGGCGCCUCGGGUUCAUCGCUGUGCCCCCCUUUGGCCUGAGCCUGGCUCGCUCCUUCGCGGGCGUCACCGUGCUCUCCACGCUGCAGUCCAGCCUCACGCUCUGGUCCCUGCGCGGCCUCAGCCUGCCUAUGUACGUGGUCUUCAAGCGCUGCCUGCCCCUGGUCACCAUGCUCAUCGGCGUCCUGGUGCUCAAGAACGGCGCGCCCUCGCCGGGGGUGCUCGCGGCCGUGCUCAUCACCACUUGCGGCGCGGCGCUGGCAGGAGCCGGCGACCUGACCGGCGACCCCAUCGGGUACGUAACGGGCGUGCUGGCGGUGCUGGUGCACGCCGCCUACCUGGUGCUCAUCCAGAAGGCGAGCGCCGACACGGAGCACGGGCCGCUCACCGCGCAGUACGUCAUCGCUGUCUCCGCCACCCCGCUGCUGGUCAUCUUCUCCUUCGCCAGCAGCGACUCUAUCCACGCCUGGACCUUCCCCGGCUGGAAGGACCCGGCCAUGGUGUGCAUCUUCGUGGCCUGCAUCCUGAUCGGCUGUGCCAUGAACUUCACUACGCUGCACUGCACCUACAUCAACUCAGCGGUGACCACCAGCUUCGUGGGGGUGGUGAAGAGCAUCGCCACCAUCACGGUGGGUAUGGUGGCCUUCAGCGACGUGGAGCCCACCUCUCUAUUCAUUGCCGGAGUCGUGGUGAACACCCUGGGCUCCAUCAUUUACUGCGUGGCCAAAUUUUUGGAAACCAGAAAGCAAAGCAACUACGAGGACUUGGAGACGCAGCCUGGGGGAGAGGAGGCGCAGCCAAGUGGAGACCAGCUGCCGUUCGGCUUGGAGGAGCUGCCCGCGGAGGGUGGCAAUGGCGGGUCAGAAGGUGGGAAGGCAGCAGGCGGCUCCACUCAGCAGGGUGGGCAAGAGGCGAGGGGCGGCCCCAGAGGAGUCCCGCCGGUGGCUGGGAGCGCGCAGAUCUCAGACGGCCCUGAAGAAGUGAGCAAGAGGUCAUUAAAGGAUACUUACCUCGAAGUGUGGAGGUUAGUUAGGGGAGCCAAGUAUAUGAAGAAGGAUUAUUUGAUAGAAAAUGAAGAGUUACCCAGUCCUUGAAAAGGAAAUGCAUGUAUGUAUAUAUGUACAUACACUUAUUUUCUAUGUUAGAGAUGACAUAUUUUAAUGAGGAGCCGCCCAAUAUUUUGCUUUGAGGAGUGGGGAAGGGAAGCAAAGACAGAAGCUGAAACGCCUGACAGCAACAAAAUUAGCAAGGGCGUGUGAAUUGUUUAGCGCGAGUUUAGCCGAGGCAUCACAGAGACAAAAGAAUGUGAAGGUGACUAACAAAUGAAGGCAGGCUUUCCGGCUGCAGACUCCUGGCACAUUUCUUGUCAUUAUGACCAUAACCACAUAUCUGCACGUACCAAGAGUCCUUCAACCACCCCUUACAAAGAUGGAGUGUAGAAAUGAUGGCAGCACUUAGUAAACUCAAAGAUUACAUGCAGGGGCACCUUUUUGAUGAUAGUUAGAACUAUAGUUUUUAUGGCCAGCUGGGAAGAGUAUAUUAUUGAAAUGACAUUUUUAAAUACGCUGAACUGAUGUUUACUGUUUAUAGUCAUCUGAAGUAUGUUUCCUCUAAUAUUUCCUCACUUUUAAAAAAUAUAUA